CCAACCCGACACACUCCACGAUUCUCAAUGAGACGCGCAAGGCCGUACCCACCUUACCCGAAGCGUAAACCGUAGCUUAUUUUAUAGCCUGAAAUUUGCAUCCCCCCUACUCUGCUGUGCUUGAUUCUCAUUUCUACAACCCCCAAGCACGGUUUCCUCUCUCAUUCUCUGAAAUCAACAUGAAACCCUAGCUCGCCAACCCUUGCUUGCGACAUCGAUUGUGGUCGAGUUGGGUUCUUCGUCGGAUUCUGAGUGAUUGUUCAAGUUGAGUUCUUCGAGCGUUGGGUUUAGGGUUCUUCAAACCCUAGCUAAACUGUUCUUCGAUUGGGUUUUGAGCUGUGAAUGUUGGGUGACGCUCCUAACUCGGAUAUCAGAGUCUGGUCGAGCGUUGUUCCUUCAACUCUGUUAAAAAAAACUAAAGAAUGGGGGAGGCCCUCGAUGCAAAUCUUCUAGAGUCUGUACACUGCACAGUCUUCAAAGAAUCAGAAACUCUGGAAGGGACAUGUAUUGAAAUCAAGGGAUACGAUUUCAAUCUAGGCGUAAACCACUCUCAGCUUCUUAGAUCUAUGGUCGCCACUGGUUUUCAAGCCUCAAAUCUUGGAGAUGCAAUUGAAGUUGUCAAUCAGAUGGUUAGUUUUCAUUUCAAAACCUCCAGUGUUGUUUCCUACUGGAGGCUUGCCGAUGAGUGCCUAACUGAAGAUGCUAGUGAAGAGGAGAGGGAUUCAUCCUACAGAGAAUCUGUGCGGUGCAAAGUGUUCUUGGGUUUUACUUCUAAUCUUGUUUCUUCUGGUGUCAGAGAGACCAUUCGCUAUCUUGUUGAGCAUCAUAUGGUUGAUGUAUUAGUUACAACAGCUGGUGGUAUAGAAGAGGAUCUUAUAAAAUGUCUUGCGCCCACAUAUAAAGGUGAUUUUUCCCUACCUGGGGUUCACUUGCGCUCAAAAGGAUUGAACCGCAUUGGGAACUUGUUGGUUCCAAAUGACAACUACUGCAAAUUUGAAGACUGGAUCAUCCCAAUUUUUGAUCGGAUGUUAGAAGAGCAAACUGUAGAGAAUGUAUCAUGGACACCAUCUAAAGUUAUUGCCCGCCUGGGGUCGGAAAUAAAUAAUGAAAAUUCAUACCUCUACUGGGCAUACAAGAACAAUAUCCCAGUCUUCUGCCCAGGCCUGACGGAUGGUUCUUUGGGGGACAUGUUAUACUUCCAUUCCUUUCGCAGCCCUGGUUUAGUAAUUGACAUAGUGCAAGAUAUUAGGGCCAUGAAUGGUGAAGCUGUCCAUGCAAACUUGAGGAAGACUGGAAUGAUAAUUCUCGGCGGUGGACUGCCUAAGCAUCACAUUUGCAACGCGAAUAUGAUGCGUAAUGGUGCAGAUUAUGCUGUUUUCAUCAACACAGCUCAAGAGUUUGAUGGGAGUGAUUCAGGGGCUCAUCCCGAUGAGGCCGUAUCAUGGGGGAAAAUACGAGGUUCUGCAAAGACUGUCAAGGUACACUGCGAUGCAACCAUUGCUUUUCCCUUAUUGGUUGCAGAAACAUUUGCUGCCAGGGGAAAGAGACAUGUUGAGACCAAGGCCUAAAUCAGAAAUUGGAUUUGUGUAGUUUAAUUUAACUGUAACCUUUUAACUAUUCUUGAUGAAGCUUUAAAUGGUUGAAGAUAUUUCUAAUUUCCCCUAAGGCCCUAAUAUUAUAUUAGGGGUGGUUUAUAUUUACAUUGUUGCAUAAUUUGAAAUAAUGUAAUGAAGCAUUGGCUGGGGACCAGCCUGAGGUUGGGAAUGACUAGUGUGAUUGGGUCA